ACUACUGCAAUGUCGCUCUUCACGAUUCACAAGAGCCGAGUUGAUGCGCCUUGACGAAAACACGGUAAGCUCAACAACGGUAUUGUCUCCGCCCCUUAUCCCGGAACUGCUCCUCUUGCCCUGGCCUUCCUACAUACUGAGCUCAAAGACCAUCUGUACUCAAGGAGUGGUUUCAUCUAGACCUCUCUCGUACUAUUUACCACCCGUCACUUUACAGAACACUGGACCUCCAGAACCAAACUUCCUUCGAACAGGAUCCCCUCAGCAGCACCUCCAAGAUGGGUUCCGUCUCAAAGAAACGCAAGGUCGAUAUGGCGAAACAAGAAUACUCAACUUCCUUCGCCUUCUUCGAAGCCGUCUGGGAGGCAGGCAUUACCCAUGUCUUCGUCAACCUAGGCUCCGACCAUCCGUCGAUCAUGGAAGCAAUUGUCAAGGGACAGAAUGAGAAGCACGGGAACUUCCCAAGGAUCAUCACCUGUCCGAACGAGAUGGUCGCCCUGUCCAUGGCAGACGGCAUGGCUCGCCUGACCAACAAGCCCCAAUGUGUUAUAGUGCACGUCGACGUCGGCACCCAAGGCCUUGCAGCCGCAGUCCACAACGCCUCAUGCGGUCGAGCCCCCGUCCUCAUCUUUGCCGGUCUCUCUCCCUACACGAUCGAAGGCGAAUACCGCGGCUCAAGAACCGAGUACAUACACUGGAUUCAAGAUGUCCCCGACCAGAAACAGAUCGUCGCCCAAUACUGCCGAUAUACCGGUGAGAUAAAAGGUGGACGCAAUGUGAAACAGAUGGUCAACCGCGCCUUGCAAUUUGCGACCAGCGAUCCGCAAGGGCCGGUCUACCUCUGUGGCGCGCGAGAGCCCAUGGAGGAGGACAUUGAGCCAUACCAUCUUGACCAGGGAGUCUGGCAAGCAGUCGGACCAGCUGCCCUACCACAGGAUGCGAUCAAGAUGAUUGCAGAGGAGCUGGUCAAGGCCAAAGACCCACUGCUCAUUGUUGGAUACACUGGCCGCAAUGUCAACUCGGUCGAGGCAACAGUGACCCUUGCAAACAAGAUCCCGGGCCUGCGAGUUCUCGACACGGGCGGCAGCGAUAUGUGCUUCCCUGCGAACCACCCAGCAUCGUUGGGCCUGAGGUACGGAUCCGAAGCAGCAAUCACAACCGCAGACUUCAUUCUUGUGGUGGACUGCGACGUGCCUUGGAUUCCUACCCAAUGCAAACCCAGAGCCGACGCAAGGAUUGUUCACAUUGAUGUUGACCCAUUAAAGCAACAAAUGCCAGUAUUCUACAUUCCAGCCUUUGCUCGGUUUAAGGCCGAUUCCGCAACGUCUUUCACACAGAUCAACGGGUACCUCGCUGCCAAUUCCGAACUGUCUGCCACGCUUUCUGACCAGACACACACCGCCGCAGCCCAGAAGAGACAAGAAGCACACGCCGCACGCCGGAACCUAGCCAAAGAGCUUGCGACGAUCCCCUCCGAUCCUGCAAAUGCCCCGAUCGAUCCACACGUCCUAGGUGGCCAGAUCCGCGCCGCCGUCCCAGAAGACACCAUCUUCGCUGUCGAAGCUGUCACCCUGACGGCCUUUAUCGCUGACCAAAUCGCGCCAGUCCUGCCCAAGUCAUGGAUUAACUGCGGCGGCGGCGGACUGGGCUGGUCCGGUGGCGGUGCUCUUGGGGUCAAGCUGGCCUCAGACUUCGAACACCGUGACCCGGCGUCCGGCGACCGCAAUGGCGUUAACAAGGGCAAGUUCGUGUGCCAGAUCGUCGGCGACGGCACCUUCAUGUUCAGCGUCCCCGGCUCUGUGUACUGGAUCGCACAGCGGUACGACAUUCCGAUCCUGACGGUCGUGCUGAACAACAAAGGCUGGAACGCGCCGAGAAAAUCGAUGUUGCUGGUCCACCCACACGGCGAGGGGAGCAAGGUCGAUAACAAGGCGCUGAAUAUCAGUUUCGAACCAACACCGGACUACGCCGGGCUCGCAAAGGCGGCCAGCGCAGGGAAGGCAUGGGCGGGCACGGUGGAGACAGUGCAGGAGUUGCUGGAGCAGUUGCCUGCUGCGGUCAGGGCGGUGAGGGAUGAAGGACGUUGUGCGAUUCUCGAGGUUAGAAUUGGUGCCGAGGUGGGCACGAAGAGGGGCCUCGUCAAUGGAGGGGAGGUCGCCGCUUCGAGUGGUUGAAACGGUAAGGAACCGAAGUGAAAGGCAGGAUGAUAAGCAGCAAGGUAUGUUGGAGGCUUGUAUAGGUAGAAUGGAAGCAGGGGGACCGAGGCAGGAGGACAGGAAAGCAGCAAGGGAGGUGUAAAGGGCAGGAUUGAACCAAAGUACAUAUAUAUAUAUAUAUACAAGAAGAACGACUAUGACGAAUAUUUUAUGUAGCCCUUGAGUCUGGAGACCAUGGCCAAAGCCAGAG